CCAAGAGCACCACGGACUGCAGUCACAGUGAAAUCUGUUUUCUGUCUAGGUGGAAUAGCAUGAACUUCUUGAACAACUCAAGCCGCAUCAGUGAUGUAUAUGCAGAAAUACAGUACUGCUAUGACUCUGUGAGCGGAUCAUGCAAGAAGAAUGUCCAGCCUCUAAGUCUCCAGUUUUCCAUGGUUGCUUUCAUGGCCUUUGCUAUAUUGGUUACAGUAACUGGGAAUCUUCUGGUCAUAACAUCUAUAGCGCAUUUUAAACAGCUGCACACCACCACAAACUGCCUCAUUCUCUCACUGGCAGUUUGCGACUUCUUGAUGGGGGCCCUCGUCAUGCCAUGCAGUGCGAUGCGAUCGGUCUAUGGCUGCUGGUACCUGGGAGACUUUGUGUGCAAGUUCCACUCCAGUACAGACGUCAUGCUCAGCACCUCCUCCACCUUCCACCUCUCCUUCAUCUCUGUGGACCGCUACCUUGCUGUCUGCACCCCACUUCUGUACCGCUCCAUAGUCAACUCUGUCACUACUCUGCUGAUGAUCAUAACCAGCUGGGUCUUCCCGGCCAUCUUCGCCUAUGGAAUGAUCUUCUCAGGCCUCAACAUGAAAGGCAGUGAGCACUUCUUUGAGACACAGGUGCAGUGUGUCGGAGGAUGCACGGUGAUCUUUAGUCCAGCAUCAGCUGCAUUCUCUACUAUUUUCUCAUUUUUCCUCCCUGGCCUCAUCAUGUUCAGCAUUUACCUCAAGAUCUAUGUGGUAGCAAGACGUCAGGCCAGAUCAAUUAAAGAUCUGACACGGCAGAUUAAGGUGGAGGAUGGAAAUGGGUCUGCAGUCUCUGGGAAGCAUGAAAGAAAGAAGGCAAACACCCUGGCAGUGGUGGUGGGAGUUUUCCUCAUCUGUUGGACCCCUUUUUUCCUCUGUAAUAUUAUGGACCCCUUCAUUGGCUAUUCCAUCCCACCCACACUGACUGAUGCCCUGUUUUGGUUUGGUUAUAUGAACUCGGGCUUCAAUCCUUUCAUCUAUGCUUUUUUUUACUCUUGGUUCAGAAAAGCUUUGAGCAUAAUUCUCAGUGGCAGAAUCUUUUACAGAGAUUCUUGUCGAAUGAAAUUGUAUACUUAAUGAAUUUAAUAUUUGGCUAUAAAUAUACCUGUCUUACUAUUUAAUUAUAUGAGUACUUGUGCUUUUUUCAGCCAUUAUGAAAGACUUACUGCAUCUUCUUAGAUUUCUAACCAUCUGUACAACGGAAAACUGUAUUAAAUGUCUUUUAAAAGGAGUGACGUAUUGCUAGAAAAAUUCAACUGCAGCUGUCGAGAUAACGAACCCCUUCAAAAUGAAUACAAAAUUGCUCCAGGUUCAUCUCAUAGGUCUAUAUUCAACAAAAAGCUGUUUAAAAUAAAAGAAAAGGUUAUAUCUCCUCUCUUCACCAUCUUUUUAGAGUACAUAAUGAUGCUAAUGCCAGUUUUAAUUUUUUAAUUUUACUUGUGGUUUUAUGUACAGUAUUGAUUAUUUAGAAUUAAUACGUAUUGUAUAUGUCAAUAAAAAUCUGUGGGUUUUAAGAUGUAUAGCAGGGUUGCCCAGUUCCGGUCCAGAGGGCCAGUUUGCAGAUUUCCCUGCUCAAACACACAUUACUCAGUUUCCCAGUCAAUUGGCAGGUUUAGUAGUGUAAGUGUGUCUGAGCUGCUAACUGGGCCCUUUGCUUCUGACGUUUACAUCACGCUUAGGUA